CGGGUUUGUUUAUUUAUGAGCGGAGACGCGGCGCGGCUGUUGUCAGAAGUUCAGCCGGAGUCAGUGACCAUGAAGCGGCCUGUUGUGUUCGUGUUUAUCGCCCUCUGCGCUGUCUCAGCGCUGUCAUUGGACGGCGAAAAGCAAUCCAAUCCAAAAUCUGCAACCGUGUCCCCUGCUGGUCAGUUUGACCCCACCCCCACCAAGCCUCCAACCACCACCCCCACCAAGCCUCCAACCACCACCCCCACCACCACCACCACCACCACCAAGGCUCCAACCACCACCACCACCACCACCAAGGCUCCAACCACCACCACCACCACCACCACCACCACCACCAAGGCUCCAACCACCACCACCACCACCAAGGCCCCAACCACCACCACCACCACCAAGGCUCCAACCACCACCGCCAAGCCUACAGUCCCACCUCCUCCUAAACCUACUCCCUCCACCAACUUGACCGUAGGAAACUACACCCUGACGAAAGACAAACAGAUUUGCCUGAUGGCUCAGAUGGCGCUGCAGAUCCGUCUGGCAACAUCACAGGCCAAUGGAACCUUCAUUGUUCAGCCAAGUUUGACCAAAGCAGAUGGAGAGUGUAAGGAAACCACGGCCAACCUUACCCUUGUCUUCAAAGAGGGUCUCAUCACCUUCUUGUUCAACAAGAGCACUGCUGAUAAUAUGGUCUACGUUGAUGCUCUGUCUUUCACCCUCAACUACCCCUUCAGCAAAGGAGGUAACGACCAGUACACCGCCAACAACAAGUCACUGCAUCUCUUCAACGCAAAGGUCGGACACUCCUACUCCUGCAAGAGUGAGUCACUCUACAUGGGGAGUGGACUGUACCUGGAUGUCAGCAAAGACAGGAUGCAGGCCUUCAAUCUGACCAAGAGCAAUGAGUUCGGCUCGCCUGACCCCUGUCCUGCUGACCAGCCCGACUAUCGCGUGGCCAUCGCAGUGGGCGUGACAUUGCUGGUGCUCAUCGUCAUUGUGGUGGUGGCCUACCUGCUGGGCCGCAGGAGGAGGACCGAUGGCUACCAGACCCUGUGAGGGAGGCUGGCCAAUCAGUGGUCGCUCCCAUUAUACACCGAAGUCAGUGAGGCUGUGAUCUUUCUCGGGGGCUAAAGGGCUCUUCCACUAAAGUCUAACCUGCCUUUUCUCUGUCUUUCGUCCUUAGUUUACCUAAUUUGUUUUAACGAGAGGUUCCAUAUAUGAAGACUGGAGAGUGCCACUGGAAUAAUGGUAGACCUUGAAAGUGUUUGAUUAGAAUCAAUUAAUAAAUUGAUCCAUUAAUUGAUAAUUAAUAAAUCAUUGAAUUCACAAAAUACUUUUAAAAAUAGGCAUUUACAUUUACUUAUUUGUCCAUCACAUUCCCUCUCACAAUUCAUUAGUUUCUUUCUUAUCGGUUUAAUUUAACAGCUGUGAUCCACUGCUCUGUGACAUGGACUCCAGACUAACUUUAAAGUGACACGUUGCUGAAAUGAUCUUUAAUUAAUGGAUCACAUCUUGAAAUGUUAAAGCAGGCACUUUGCUGAAACAUCUUUCGACUGUAUUAAAGCGCUAAAAUCAAACUUAUUGAUUGAAAUUCACACUGUAAAUGUUAAAGCAGGAAUCACGUAAAUAGGGUGACAGAAUAUGAUUUGCUCACAUUACAGCAAAUCAAAUUAAAAAAAAAUUUUAAUGAUCAAUUAUUAAUUCAUCAUUUGAAGAGAGAACAAGGACUUAGCAUCAGUAAUUGUCAGAUUUAGAGUUUAAUAAUGCAUCAUUUACAUUCACAUUUAAUGAAUCGAUUUAUAAUAGCUUUUGUUUUAUUAUUCCAGUGGCACGAGUUCUGAAGAGCCAGUUUAAAGCAACAUGCUUUUAAAUUUAAGAUGCCAUGUGAGAAUGUUUAUGCCUUAGAAUUACAAAGUUAUAAGAGUUUGGCCUCUGAUUGUAUUCUGUUCAAGCCUCUGAAAUAGCAUUUUUAUACUGGGACACUAACGAUUACGAUGCUAACAAUGACACAUCUGACAGACUGACAUCGCCAUUGAUAAACUGACCAAAAUGUCUCAUUAAAAUCAGUUCAGGUUUUUGUUUCCCCACAGACAGCCAGCGUGUUAGCUGUCAGUGUCCAGAGGCUAACACCAGGCUAACCCUAUGUUAUGUUCUCACUGAGCAGUGGAAUCCUGAAGUGAAACUAAAUGAAGUCAGAUUUGACCAUCUGCUCAGUCGAAAUGAGCAAAAUAUUUUGUUAUCAUUUGUUUUUUUUAUUUGAUCAAAUCUUGUGUAUUCUGUCAUCCAGGGAUUUUAUUUUUUAAAAGAAGGGAAUAAUCCGAUCACAAACUUUAAAGGUGAUUAGUCUGAGUGUGUUUAUAUUUUUAAUCAUAAUAAAGGGAAAUUAGAAGGAUGUUUGUCAGGGAUUGUUUCUAUCUGGUUACAAUAAUUGCACUGAUUACUGUCCCACCUGAUUAUCUUUGUCUUUUUCAUACUAAAUGUAUCUGAUGCUGUGUUUUCAUAGAAAUGUAGGGAUGGACCAUCCAUGCAGGUCAGUAAUGAGUCUAGUCUGAAGCCAGUUAGAUUUGUAGUGGGACGUGUCUGUCUCCGACAUGCUGCACUGCCUUAAAGGAAUAGUUUGACAUCUUGGGAAAUUGGUUUGUUCGCUUUCUAGCUGUUUCCAGCCUUGAUAACAAGCUUCUCCAUCCUCUAACUGCAUAUGCAAAGGACAAAUAUGAGUAGUCUAGAUCAUCUGUCGUUCAACAAGAAAGCAAACAAGCACAUUUCCAAAAUGCUGAACUGGUCCUUUAAAUAUGCUGACAGUGACAGUAAGUGGACAUGACAAAGAAAGUCUGCUGUUGAGAAAUCAGUCCCACAACAGUGCUCAUUCAUUGGCUGUUCUGUAUCAUUUGACUCCAACAACUCCACCUACUGAUGAAGAACAUGUGAUAUGAUUGAGCUCCAAAUACGAACUUCAUGUUAAAGGGAAGGUUCACUCAAAUUCUAAAGAGAUAUAUUUUGUCCCUCACAUCUAGAGGCGUCUAGCCAUGCAGGUGCUUUCAGUUUAAUGUGGUCAGGUUUUGAGACACUUCUGCUGCCACUUUAAUACAAUGAAGGUGAAUGGGCUUCCAUCUGUGCUUCUCAAAGCUUCCUUCCUUCAGUAUAGUCAGCAGAUGUAGCUGUCAACAGUUUUCAUGGGAACUACUUCUUCAGUAGAAAGUAGUUCCAGUGAAACCUGUUGAGCAACUAAGACAUUUUUUGUGGAAAAGCCAGCUGCUGAUGAGUUUUUAAGAGCACAUCUUACAAUGCAAUCUCACAGGCAGGUAUUUCAAAACAUGGACAGAUAAAACCAAAACUGUCUGCAUGAUUAGAUACAGCUAGAGGUAGGUGACAAAUGUUUCUGUGAUCUGAACCUUUUAGUAUCCCAACAAUAGGCUAGACUUACCUUUAAUAAUACCUUUUGUGCUUGUGUUGAUGUAAUGAAAAGUCUCGUGGAGGGUCUGAAUGAUCGAUUCCAGUCCAUCCAUGUGUAAGCGUCUCUCAGUGCAGUAGUUGCAGACUAGUCCGGUUGGAUUUUUUGACUUGAUGACAGGUCGGACCUGCUGCCCGCGGCUGCAGUUCCAGACUUGUCCAUCAGGUGAUGCUGUGAAGUCAGGAGGUGAACAGAAGGGAGGGACCUUACUGCCUGUACAGUUAUCCACAGUGUGUGAGCACUUUUACCUGUUGUUGACUUCUUGUGCCAAUAAAGACUGAUGUAUUUCUAAA